AUGCGUAAUACUUUGAUUAAGCACAACGCGGCCGGCGGUGCUCUUGAUAGUUCUCCAGAUAAGGGCCGCCAGCUGCCUUCCUGUGCCAGAACACCAAGGAAAUGUUCAAGUGUUGGAGGCACUUGCGUCAGCGUUGAAGAAGAAUGCAGUGGGCAAGCUAUCUUUGAUCGAUGCAAUAACCAACGCUGCACCUGUUGCAUAGAAUGCUCUAAUACCCCGCCUUGUCUGAGGAGGAGGGGCGAAUGCAUAAGCAACCUGGUAGCGUGCAGAGGCCGAACAUUUGAUGGAGUGUGCACGAGCAAUGAUUGCACAUGUUGCCGUAAACACUCUUGUGGGAAUACCUCGCGCCGGUGCUCUGCGGAGGGAGGAACCUGUGUCAACCUUAUGGACGCCUGUGAAGGGAGAAUGGAGGCCGACCUCUGCUCCAAUCCCAACUGUGGAUGCUGUGUUCCUGAUAAUGGCGGCCAGGUGCAAUCGUGUGACACAACACCAACGAAAUGUUCAGAUGUUGGAGGCACGUGCAUCAGUGUUGAAGAAGAAUGCAGUGGGAGAACAAAUGACGAACUGUGCGACAGCCGCCUCUGCACCUGCUGCAUAGCGCACCAGUGCCCUGCAACCCCCCGGAAAUGUUCGAAUGAAAACGGCAUCUGCAUAAACGUUCAAGAUCAAUGCAACGGGGAGACCAAUCAUGAUCUUUGCCGUAAUCGACAUUGCAAAUGUUGCAUGGAAAGUACCUGUGUUGAAACACGCCAGUGCUCAGAUGAACAAGGUACAUGCAUUCCUAAGACAGAAUCCUGUCCUGGAACCCAAAACGACCAGCUCUGCAACAACAGACGCUGCACAUGUUGCCUAGGGUGUCCUACAACCCCGCCAUGUCAGCAAAGAGGUGGAAUAUGCAUCAGUGAUAAGGAAAAUUGCAGAGGCCGAACAUUCGAUGGAGUGUGCACGAGUAACAAUUGCAAAUGCUGCCGUAAGCAUAGUUGUGAACAAACUACGCGCCGGUGCUCUGAAGUGGGGGGAACCUGCAUGAACCAAAUGGACGCCUGCGAAGGGAAUUUCGAGGCUGACCUCUGCUUUAACCCCAACUGUGGAUGCUGCGUACCUGCUGUGACGUCCACCUCAACUUCAACGUCAACUUCAACUUCAAGUUCAACUUCUACUUCCACUUCGACUUCAACUUCCACCACCACAAGCUCCACUUCAAGCUCAACAUCAACUUCCACUUCAACUUCCACCUCAACUUCCACCUCAACUUCCACCUCAACUUCCACUUCGACUUCCACUUCAACUUCUACCACUACAACUUCCACCUCAACUUCCACUUCAACUUCCACCUCAACUUCAACUUCCACUUCUACCACUACAACUUCAACUUCAACUUCCACCUCAACUUCAACUUCAACUUCUACCACUACAACUUCCACCUCAACUUCCACUUCAACUUCCACCUCAACUUCCACUUCGACUUCUACUUCAACUUCUACCACUACAACUUCCACCUCAACUUCCACUUCUACCACUACAACUUCCACUUCCACCUCAACUUCAACUUCAACUUCUACCACUACAACUUCCACUUCCACUUCCACCUCAACUUCCACUUCCACCUCAACUUCAACUUCCACUACAACUUCCACUUCAACUUCCACCACUACAACUUCCACCUCAACUUCCACUUCUACCACUACAACUUCCACUUCCACUACAACUUCCACCUCAACUUCCACUUCAACUUCCACCUCAACUUCCACUUCGACUUCUACUUCAACUUCUACCACUACAACUUCCACCUCAACUUCAACUUCUACCACUACAACUUCCACUUCCACCUCAACUUCAACUUCAACUUCUACCACUACAACUUCCACUUCCACUUCCACCUCAACUUCCACUUCCACUACAACUUCCACUUCAACUUCCACCACUACAACUUCCACCUCAACUUCCACUUCUACCACUACAACUUCCACUUCCACUACAACUUCCACUUCAACUUCCACUACAACUUCCACCUCAACUUCCACCACUACAACUUCCACCUCAACUUCAACUUCAACUUCCACCACUACAACUUCCACCUCAACUUCAACUUCCACCUCAACUUCCACUUCAACCUCAACUUCCACCACUACAACUUCCACUUCAACCUCAACUUCCACCACUACAACUUCCACUUCCACUUCAACCACUACAACUUCCACUUCAACUUCUACCACUACAACUUCUACUUCCACUACAACUUCCACCUCAACUUCCACUUCAACUUCUACCACUACAACUUCCACUUCAACUUCUACAACUACAACUUCCACCUCAACUUCUACCACUACAACUUCCACCUCAACUUCCACUUCAACUUCUACCACUACAACUUCCACUUCAACUUCUACCACGUCAACUUCCACCUCAACUUCUACUUCUACCACUACAACUUCCACUUCAACUUCUACCACGUCAACUUCCACCUCAACUUCUACUUCUACCACUACAACUUCCACCUCAACUUCAACCUCAACUUCCACUUCAACUUCUACCACUACAACUUCCACCUCAACUUCCACUUCAACUUCUACCACUACAACUUCCACCUCAACUUCUACUUCAACUUCCACUUCAACUUCUACCACUACAACUUCAACCUCAACUUCCACUUCUACCACUACAACUUCCACUUCCACCUCAACUUCCACUUCAACUUCUACUACUACAACUUCCACUUCAACCUCAACUUCUACCACUACAACUUCCACUUCCACCUCAACUUCUACCACUACAACUUCCACUUCCACCUCAACUUCUACCACUACAACUUCCACUUCAACUUCUACCACUACAACUUCCACCUCAACUUCCACUUCAACUACUACAACUUCCACUUCCACCUCAACUUCUACCACUACAACUUCCACUUCCACCUCAACUUCUACCACUACAACUUCCACUUCAUCUUCUACCACUACAACUUCCACCUCAACUUCUACCACUACAACUUCCACUUCAACUUCUACCACUACAACUUCCACUUCAACCUCAACUUCCACUUCAACCACUACAACUUCCACUUCAACCUCAACUUCCACUUCAUCUUCUACCACUACAACUUCCACGUCAACUUCUACCACUACAACUUCCACUUCAACCACUACAACUUCCACUUCAACCUCAACUUCCACUUCUACCUCAACUUCCACUUCAACCACUACAACUUCCACUUCAACUACCACAACUUCCACUUCAACUUCAACCACUACAACUUCCACUUCCACUUCAACCACUACAACUUCCACUUCAACCACUACAACUUCCACUUCAACCACUACAACUUCCACUUCAACCACUACAACUUCCACUUCAACUUCAACCACUACAACUUCCACUUCAACUUCAACCACUACAACUUCCACUUCAACCACUACAACUUCCACUUCAACCACUACAACUUCAACCACUACAACUUCCACUUCAACUUCAACCACUACAACUUCCACUUCAACUUCAACCACUACAACUUCCACUUCAACUUCAACCACUACAACUUCCACUUCAACUUCAACUACUACAACUUCCACUUCCACCACUACAACUUCCAGUUCAACUUCAACCACUACAACUUCCAGUUCAACUACAACUACCACAACGACGACGGCCCCUUAA